AUGUCCACCGUCGUGCGAGUCCGGCCCAAACCUGCAAGGGCGUGUCUCCGGAGGCUGGGGAGAGUGGCGGAGCAGCUUCUGGGGGAGUCACGUACGGUUGAAGAGAAAGUGGCGGCUUUCGGCCCGAUCAGAGCCGAGGGACAAUUCGUGUCGGGAUAUGCAGGAGGGGGAGACUACGGUUCUGGUCAGUUUCUGGAGACAAGGGGCAUCGGCGGAGACGAGAUUGUCCCUCACGUUGAUGAUGAUGCCGUAGCCGGUUUGAUCGAGGGCAGGCGGGCUCUGACGGCGAUUUCAGGCGGCAUUCUGCAAGCCGUGUUGCGCCAGAGCUUGCCCGAGAUCGACCCCGCCUCCUUCCUCGGCCUCGUGGAUCCGGGAGAGGGCCGACAGGGCGUAGGAGGGUCCUCCCCAAAGAUGUCCGCUUCGCCUCUGAGAGUAUGCCGCUACGCCGGCGGCGGCGACGGCGUUGCGUUCGGCACCCACACAGACACAACCUUCCUGACCGUGAUCCCGUGCGCUUCGGCCCCGGGGCUGGAGAUCAUCCAGCCAUCGACGGGUCGCUGGGUGCGGCCGGAAGCAUCACGGGACUGUCGGCCCGGCUCUGACGUUAUGCUGCUCGCCGGAGAGCUGCUGCAGGUGUUCGGGAGAGGCCGGUACCAGGCUGCCGUGCACCGCGUGGUGCGGCCCGCGGGCAGCACGGAACCCCGUGUGUCGACCCCGUUGCUGCUCCGCGGGGUUGCCGGGGCUGCCAUUCGAGGCUCGAUGCUCCCGCCAGCGGUUGCGGCGAGACUUGAGAGAAGGUCAGAGGAAGCGAAGCAGACACGGCGGGAGAUAAGGAGGGCGGCGGGAGGAUCAUCUUGGGAGGAAGGCGACGAGGGGGGGGAGCUGAACAUGACGGACCUGUGGGCGGCUUUGCAGUUCAGGGGAGGUGCGACGCCAGGGUCCAGCGGCGGCGGGGAUGGCUGGAGCGGCGAGAUCUCGGACAGCGUUUCUUCCCCGCCGCCGCUCGCCCAGGCGAAGACCACCGACCAGAUCCGAGAGUGUUUUGAGCCGUACGCGCGGGACGGCGUCGCCGUCCUGAGCGUUGACCCGCUCCUGGUCCGGCUGCGCGGCUUCGCGUCCCCAGACCAAUGCUCGGCGAUCAUUGACCAAGGCAUGGAGAGCUUGGAGGAAUCCACGACGUGGGGCGGCGCGGGCGCUCAGACCGAGUCGGACGUCCUGAGGAGGAGCGCAACCACCUGGCUAGCGGACGACUGCCUGGCGCCGCUUCUCGGACGCUUGACGGAGAGGGUUAGUGGGAUGUCCGGCGUGCCCUCGGCGUUCAUGGAGAAGUGGCAGGUGGCACGAUACCGGCCUGACGGCUACUUCAAGCUGCACACCGACCACGUGGAAGACUUCAACAGCCUCGUAUGCGGCGGGCGGCUCGGCACCCUUAUCCUGUACCUCAACGACGACUUCACCGGCGGCCAGACCGACUUCCCGUUCGUGCAUGUGGCUGUAGCGCCGUUUGCGGGAGACGCCAUCUACUUCCACAGCGUGCAGCUGCCGGUGGAAGAGGAUGCCGACUCUAUGCGGCCGGACGAGAGGAGCGCGCACUCGGGGCUAGCCGUCACGGGAGGGGACAAGUGGAUCGCGACGAAGUGGAUACACCCGCUGCCAUACCCUAACGGGAGAGUUGAUGACGAGGAGUCUACGGAGGACCUAUCGCCAUACGCCGAAUGGGCGCCCUACCCUCCGAUCGGGAUCGCGGAAUGAGCAAAAGACGACAGCCUCACUCUGUCCGGAAAUAUAGGGACCAUUCACUCGUGGUUUUCGCGCUUGUAUCCUAAUGGCCCGUACAUGUUCGGAAGAGUGGUAUAAUUUUUGCCUACGGAAAAAAGCCACGCCUUGCCCUGAAGGUAGGGCGACAGACGGGCGGCGACGUCCUUUAAGGUGGCGUGUCGUGUGUGUUUGUCCGUCCCUGUCUAUUCUGGCGCUAGUCAACACCUCUCGGUGUACUUUUGUGAUCAGCCAUGAUCACACGGGAAGCUUCACCCCGGUUUCCAAACCGGAACUUUUUGUGAUGAAGGCCCCCCCUUUCCUCCUGCGGCGCUUGCCUUCGUGGGCAAAGUUUUUACUGUUUUUUACUUCAUAUGUAGAGGAGGGUCAGGGGCGCAGAUGAUUUGUCACCGCCUAGUGGUAUCUAGACCGGGUAUAGUCUUGUGCGAAAGUUGCCGAUUUCUCGCUCGACAAAAAAAGCGCGCCAAAUGAGAGAAGAGCAUUACAUACCUUCUUUGCCGUGACCCUACGAGAUUCGGGCAAAACGGAAAAUAAUUCCUGCAGGCUUUGGUAGGGAAUACCUAAAGAGAUAUGGUGGCACGCAGAGAAGGCACCGACAAACAAUUCUGGUGGGUUGGGUACCAGGUUUUCUUAGUGGUGAAGGAAAAGGGGCUGGGUUGUUCGUCGUGUACGACUAAUAGGCGCAGGGAUUGAGGGCCCGUGGGGGGGGGGGAGCGAGAGUGCUGACUGCUGUACAAAAAAAAGAGGAAGGGGUUGUCUUGGCAGCGUGUGGUUGGCUCAAAUGAGACGAGCGCAAUUGAGGCGAUGUAGUUGUUAUUCGUCGCCCGUGACGGGAAAAGCGGGCAUGUAUGCUUGUGUGUGUUUGUUUUGGUGGCUUGGGGAUUGAAGGUUCAUGCAAUAGAGAAGAGAACAGGUUAGCGUGAAGUCCGCAGUAGUAAAAGACAUCCGCAUAGUUGGCCUGUGUAUCGCUAUUUUUUAUAGCUGGCCGAGACCGCCAACUUGCAGUAGGGGAAUGAAGGCCACUGAGGCCGCUAGACACGAGAACAGCAUGUGAUGCGUCCGGCAAUUGAGGAUUGACCAAUUGCUUGCCUCCUCGUUAUCGUGAGCUUGCCGUGGACGUGGCACAGCAUAUAUCGUUUGUUUUUCAAGAACCUGUGUGCAAGAGCGUGAUUUCAACCUUACCCGUUGCAACAGAGUGUGGGCUUCACCCCAACGGUUGGAAUUUUGUCA